CGCGUGCCGAGUAUAGACAAAGGGGCUGCUAUUUGAUGUACUUUCGACAAAGAAACUCCUACAGGUGAAAAAAGAACAUGUUUCGUUUAGGACAGGUUUUGUGAUGGAGGCCAGUAUCAAACGGACAGCGCUGGAGGUGAUGGGUGACAUAGGGCCAAGAGAGGAGGAAACUUCGUCUGACACAGAGAAUCGUAAUGAUAAUGAUGUUUUUCGCUGCGGGAAGUGUGAUCUACAGUUCCAGUCCUCGUACCAUCUCCAUCACCAUAUUGCCUACACACACACUGGCAUCACCAUGGAAACAGCUGAACGACUACCCAAUCCAUACCCAGUGGAGCCUCUUGCAUUGAACCUGAAGCAUUCAAACAGGGUUGACUCGCCAAUCCUAAACAAGUCACGUGACACAAGCCCACUGUCUAAGCAUUACCUCAAAUGUUCCCAGAGUGUUGCUCUUGAUCUUUCGAAACCGCCUUCAAACUCCAGUGAAGCAUUAGACUUAUCAACUACAAAACUACAUUGCUUCAGGGAAGGGGAGGUAACUGGGUAUAGGAGAUCACAAGGGGAGAUUACUCCCAGUAAUAAUCCACAUCAAAAUCGUCCCUAUGAUCACACAACUUUCGAAAAAGGAUAUAAGAAUGAUUUGGGUAAAGCAGCAGCUGAUGAAAUGGUUGAGAGAGGACAGUUCUUGGUUGAUAACCCCCCGGACGUUGAGGAUUUAGAGGCAGGAGAUAGGCUUGUUAUUGAUUGUUCCAAUGUUGCGAAUUAUGAGCAAAAUCUCAAAGACAGUCUUGUAGCAGUAACAAGUAGCCAGCCUCAUGGCAAUGAUGCAGGUCAAGUUCACGAUAACAGAGGUAAAACUCACGGCAACAGUCAAGGUCACCACCAUACAAUCCAGGGUCAAGGUCUGCAGUCAGAUAACCAAGGUCAAGUGCCCUCCUCUCAGAGUCGAGAUCUGCUUCAAGGUCAAGGUCCUCCCCAAGGUCAAGGUCUGUCUGCAGGACCUGAAGCUGAGAGAUUCAACAGUUUGUCGUUUCCCUUUAACCUUCAGCAGCAUAUGAUGAUGAUGAAUGGCGGUGGCGCCUCGCCUCCCAUUUCUAACUACGGUAUGAUGACAUCAGACAUGCAGCAGAGCCUGAUGUCUUUCCAGCAGCAGUUGUCUCCCUUCAUGAAGAGCAAACCAGGCCCCUGUGAAAGCUACAAAGGUCAACCGUCGUGCGAGGGUGAAGACGGCAGAUCUCCAGGAAGACAAGAACAAGGCUGUUGUGGAGAUAUAUGAAUGUAAAGUAUGUAACAGAAAAU